GGACUUGUCCACAAAUUGGUUUUGUUUGCAAACCCUUGCAUUUUCCACCGCCUCCUCAAACAAAGCUACAGUAAAUUGUAUUCUAAUGUUAAAUUUUUCUCUGUAAUUGUUAACUUAACAGGAUUGAUUGAUUUUGUGAUUCUAAUCAAUCAUAAACCCACCCUUCACUCUCCGCCGAUUCGCUCACCUCUCUCCCUCUGCCUGGACAUAGCAAAAACAAUCAUCACUAUAACAGAAGGAUGACGGUGAGGGUUAGCGUUUUCCGAUUGGGAAGACGAUUACGACUAGGACUUUUCAAUUCCAUCAAACCGGAGACAACAAAUUGUUCUCGCUGCCUGGGUGCAACGACGUUGUUUCAACCUCGCAACCACAACCAACAUGCUUUCUAUUUCUCUUCCUCCACCUCUCCAUUUCCAUCUCCAUUUUCCACUGGACAAAGGAGGAGUAUGUUUAUCCAAACACAAUCCACUCCAAAUCCAGAGUCUCUCAUGUUUCAUCCUGGUAAGCCUGUUAUGGAUGUUGGAAGCGCCGAUUUCCCUAACCCUCGUUCCGCCAUGAAUUCUCCUCUUGCCAAAUCAAUUUUCGCUAUUGACGGAAUUACUCGUGUUUUCUUCGGAUCUGAUUUUGUUACCGUUACCAAAUCGGAAGAUGCUUCCUGGGAAUUUCUUAAGCCUGAAAUUUUUGCCGCUAUUAUGGAUUUCUACUCUUCCGGUGAACCACUCUUUCUAGACUCUCAAGCUGCUGCAUCCAAGGACACAGCAAUUCAUGAUGAUGAUUCUGAAAUAGUUGCGAUGAUCAAGGAACUGUUAGAGACUCGUAUUCGACCAGCUGUACAAGAUGAUGGUGGGGACAUUGUGUAUUGUGGUUUUGAUCCAGAUACGGGGAUAGUCAAACUUAAAAUGCAAGGAGCGUGUAGUGGCUGCCCAAGUUCUUCAGUGACUCUGAAGUCAGGCAUUGAGAAUAUGCUGAUGCAUUAUGUACCUGAGGUCAAAGGUGUGGAACAAGAAAUGGAUGCCGAGGAUGAGGAAGCAGCUUUAAGUGGACAAACAGAGUAGUUGAUCUCAUAUUUUUCUAUAAUUACGGUCUGCAUUUAAUCUUUACAUUUCACACUCAACAGAAACUUCCAAGUACAACAGCAGUACAUGAUGGAGGCACAAAAUGAGUGUAUGCAAAAAAAAAAUAAUAUAUUUAAUAAGUUGUGAGUCGGAUACAUUGCAGUAUGACAUGAAAUUGUUCCGAGCUAGUUAGAUCUCGCUGGAAUAGUAUGAAGGUAGUUCAUAACAUGGUGCCCAUUGCAGAAAGGUGGCAUCGGCCUUGGUUUCUAUGGGUUCUUGGUCUUUCCUUCUGAACCAAGGUUCCUGGAAAAGUGCAAGGCAUUAUUUGUCUAUUGGCCUUGCAUUGAGGACACACUUGUAUUAUUUAAGAUUUGGUAACUUGCGCUUUUCUCCGUGUUCAAAUGGAUGUAUGUGCAUGUUAAGGAGAACCAGAAAGAAAAAAAAAAAGGCACGGAUCAUUUUAUUAUUUUUUGCCUACCUUUGGUAUUCUAGUGUUGAUUCACAAAUACUCCAAAGCCAAAUAAAAAUCAGGGUAUUGAUUUCAUAACAGCCAACAGAUGCUGUUAUGCACUAAGGAGUCUCUAGUGCUAAUUUUUUGUGAAUUUUGUUGACUGCUGCUAAUAUAUAUGCUGCUAGCAAUCCAACAUUUAGUAUACCUCUUUUACAUGCCUUUUUCAGGCAUGAAAUGUUAUAUUUUACUGAAUAAUUUGUUUGUCAAACCAAUA